CCUUGGUCGACGGAGGCACCCAAGGCAUAUAUCUGGUAACUGACGGCCGACCCAACCAGCCUGUUGAGACAUUAAUUAGCCAAAUGCGCUUCCAUUAUGCCAGAAUUCCAGUUCACUGCAUCAGCUUCAAUUGCCAAGACGCCAAAGCCAACCAAUUUUUGCUCCAACUGGCUAAAGAGACAAAUGGUCGCUUUCACUACUUCAACGAGGCCGAGGCAGGCCAAAUGCCUUCGUCGGAAUGGGAAAGUGAAGAUCUGCAUCUCUUACGCCGAGAACACCAAUUUGGCAUGGAUAGCAUUGACCGUCUUGGUCUCCUUGUAGAAGAAUGCAGCCGACUUGCUUGGUCAGGCGUCCGUCACUCCUCUUUUACAAAGACUCAACAACAGAACCGGGAACUUACUAAAUGCCAUCAUCAACGGCAGCCAAAAAGCCAAUCAGCACUUAGUUGCCAUCACCGUACCUCAACCCUAAUUCCCUCCGAAUGGCUUUCUUAUCCAGUCCCUUUCGAACCUAGUGCCUAUCACUUAAAUGUUGAGUCAGGUUGGGAUAAUCGUUCCUGUCGGGUAUCCAGCUUCAAAUCAUUGGAAACUACAACUUCUAACGAUGAGCUACUGGAGCACAAGGAAGCUAGCCUUCUGGAAAAGAGUAACUCAUUGAGAGGAGUGAAGGGGACUAACGGUAGGGGAAUUGAGGAAGAAAGUAUGGCUAAUUGGACAGCUUCGGAAAAGUAUGUUUGCAGUAAUGGACCCGAGGAAACUGUUAGUGAAGUUGCUGAGCCUCGGAAGUCGGAUCCAUAUAUUCGUGCUGUUUCAUCAACAUUUCAUAGAUCGACUUCGCCCGCUUCUGGUUUCGAAUUGCCAAUACCGAUUCCUCCAGAGAGAACAUCUUCAGAGACAGUAAGACAGAGGGAAGAAUAUGACUGUGCUCCCAGUACUUCUCAAAAAGACAGGCCUGAAUGCAUGUCUAGAGAAUUAUGCAAAUCAGCUAUCAUUGAUGAUACUGGUAUGAUUUAA